AUGGCCGCGUCAAGUGUAACAUCUGCACUCAUAUCAAUCGCGACCAGCGCAGCGACGGCCUCAGGAUCCUCGCUCAUCGCGACACCUUCACUCCUAGGAAACGCGACGACGAAACCUUCAAAAGAUGAGAACAACGGAGAAUGCCAGUUGCUCGGACCUUUCGCGAUCGUAGUCCAGACAGCAUUAGGUCUCCUAGCGCUGUCGUCACUGGUGUUCAAGAGAUGGCGAGAGAGACCUCAACGGCCAGUCAAGGUGUGGGCAUUCGAUGCCUCGAAGCAAGUGUUCGGUUCGGCCCUGUUACAUCUGGCGAAUCUGCUCAUGAGCAUGUUCUCCAGCGGACAGCUAGGUGAUCCACUGAUCAAUGCCGCCGCAAAUACGACCAGCGUAGACGUGGCAGAGGGACCAAAUCCGUGCUCAUUCUACCUACUGAAUCUGGGCAUCGACACAACUCUGGGCAUUCCGAUUCUGAUAUGCAUACUCAAAGUGCUCAAUGUUGGGGCAAGCUACACUCCCUUGGCCCGGCCGCCAGAGUCUAUCAAGUCUGGAAAUUACGGCACUCCGCCGAAAGCGACCUGGUGGCUUAAACAAAGCUUCAUCUACUUCGCUGGCCUGGUGGGGAUGAAGAUAUGCGUCUUCAUCAUUUUCCAGCUUUGUCCAUGGAUCGUUCAGGUUGGAGACUGGGCAUUGCGGUGGACGGAGGGCAACGAAGCGAUACAGAUUGCUUUUGUCAUGCUGAUCUUCCCGCUGAUCAUGAACGGGAUUCAAUACUACAUCAUCGACAUAUUCAUCAAAAACAAGGACCAGGCUUCGGAGAGUGAGCAGCAAGACAGCGAGCGUGAUGAUGGUAACGAUGAAGAGGGAGGACUUCUCGCAGGACAAGAGGAACGCCACACCGACAUCUUCAACGGCGACGAUGGGGUCCGUCAGUCAGAAGAAGACGUGAAGGGGAACACUACCGUUCGGAGUAAGGAGUCGAUAGACAGCACUAAGGAGGUUCAUGCAGGAGGUGAAGGUAGUGGCAGCAGCAGCAUUGGUCAAGAGGCGGAGGGCGAAGCCAUCAAAGACCGUCCCAGGAUAUGA